AUGUCCUAUCAGCAACAUCAACAAUGCAAAGUUCCCUGCCAGCCCCCUCCCAGGGUGCCUGAGCCCUGUCCCCCCGAGAUGCCUGAGCCCUGUCCCCCCAAGAUACCUGAACCCUGUCCUCCACCCACCAGCCAGCAGAAGUGCCCCCCUCUGCAGCGUCCCCCAUGCCAGCAAGAAUGCCCACCAAAGCAGAAAUGA